GCUUAAUCUAAAUGGUGUCGUGUACUUCGUGGACAUGAUGUAAGUAAGUACAUAAUUUUCGUGCAGUAGGUACCAGUCGACGUAGUCGUUGCUGCCUUCUCGUCAUCUGUUUGCUUCUGAAGAUUUCGGGAGCAGGUAUGUUGACAGUGAGUUCAUUAUCAUUUUGAUUCGUCCUUUCGCUACAAUACAUUUCUCUUCUGCUAGUCUGUGCCUCCCAUUCUGUCUGCACGGAGCAUAUAUUUAUUCCAUUUCUUUGUGAAGAUAUGUGUUUGAUGAUGCAUCCGGUUUAUUGUUCCAAAAUGGAGAAGAUCUUCCCCGCCAGAGGACUUCCUUUGUUGGCGCUCUUUGCAACUUGCGCCAGCUGGGUCUUGUCGUAUUCGAUGACGGCUGCAAAUGCGCUGAAAUUGAAUUCGGCUCCUCCGUCGCGAUUUGAUUUCGCUGCGAGGGACGAUCAGCGUCAGCAAAGACCAGGUGGGCCGUUAGGGGAUGGUUCUGAGCACAUCGGACAACUCCAACUGCCCCUGCUUGAGCGAGUAGCGCGAGAAGAAAGGGACACAAGUUCAGGCGUUGUCGAUCGCAUGGCAAUGAGGACACAGCAGGCGGAGGAGCCAGAGCCGGAAGCAGAUGAAGCAUCUGCGGCAGGCGGUGCAUUCGUAGGAGCGGUACUUCGUAGUGCAUUCGCAGGCGGUGCAUUCGCAGGCGGUGCAUUCGUAGCGGAAUCUUCACUACAACCAGUUGUCGCUAGUACAACUCCAGCGGGUCGUCCUGGUGCUGGUUCUUCUUUGACUGGUGAAGAGCGACAGAGUGCGGGUAUUAGACAAGUUGCGGAGGGCGGGGGACCGACGUCGCGGCUACGGCGAGGCAGCAGUUCGACCGCGACCUCCGGGAGGGACAUAGGAGGCAGUAGCAGAGGCCGAGUGCAGAGAGGAAGCAAGCGCAGUAAUGUAACUCCUACACCCAGCACUGCCACUGGUUCCAUUGGAGUUGCCGGCGUACUAGCAGCUGCUGUAGCGGAGGGAGACCACGUUGUGGAAAGAGGCCCGCAGAUACAGUGCGACGGCACAGUUGUACUAAGUGCAUCCGGCAGUGCCCCUGCAGAAGGGCCGAGUGGCGCGCCGGAGGGGGCGGACGACGAUGAGCCAGGAAAUUCUGAAUCCGCUGGCCCUCCAGUGAAAAAUCGCC